AUGAUUUCAUUCGGGCAAGCAGCUUAUUUCAUUUGUCUGUUUACUACAGUUUCCUGUGGAUGUCUGACUCAGCUCUAUCAAAACACCUUCUUCAGAGGAGGGGAUGUGGUGUCCAUGUACUCCCCAAGUGCCGAGCACUGUCGGCUGAUGUGCACAUUCCACCCCAGGUGUUUGUUCUUCAGUUUUCUCCCAGCAAAUUCAACCAAUGAUGAACAGAAAUGGUUUGGUUGCUUCCUGAAAGACAGCACUACAGGAAACCUGCCAAGAGUGCAUCGGACAAGCGCAAUUUCUGGGCAUUCCUUAAAGCAGUGUGGCCAAAUAACUGCUUGCCACCAAACCACUUACAAAGGAAUUGAUAUGCGAGGAAGCAAUUUUAACGUAUCUAAGGUUAAAAGUGUUGUGGAAUGCCAAAGAAAAUGCACUAACAAUAUUCACUGCCAGUUUUUCACAUAUGCCACCAGAACAUUUCACAAAGAGGAACACCGGAAGAACUGCCUUCUAAAGAAAAGCACAACAGGAACACCCAACAGUAUCAAGUUGCUGGAUAAUGUGGUGUCUGGAUUCUCCCUGAAGCCUUGUGCACUUUCAGAAAUUGGAUGCCACAUGAACCUUUUCCAGAACCUUGCAUUCUCAGACGUGAAUGUUGCCAGAGUUACUGCUCCAAAUCCUUUUGUCUGUCGUACCAUUUGCACCUAUCAUUCCAACUGCCUCUUCUUUACGUACUACAAUAAUGAAUGGCAUAUAGAAUCACAAAGAAAUGCAUGUUUCCUGAAGACUUCUGAAAGUGGUACACCAAGUAUCCCUACUCCUCAAGAAAACACUGUGUCUGGACACAGCCUUGUAACCUGCAAAAAAACAUUUCCUGAACCCUGCCAUUACCAAACGUACUCUGGAGUUGAAUUUGGGGGAGAAGAACUGGGCAUCACCUUCGUUGAAGGAGUGACUGCUUGCCAAGAGACCUGUACAGAGACAAUUCGCUGUCAGUUUUUCACUUACUCUUCACUCCCUGAAGAUUGUAAGGAAGAGAAGUGCAAGUGUUCCUUAAAAUUAUCUUCGGAUGGUUCCCCAGCUAGCAUCACACGUAGAAUACAUGCAAACUCCGGAUAUUCGUUAAGACUGUGUAAAACUGUGAAUGGUUCUGUUUGCACAACAAAAAUAAAUGCACGCAUCGUGGGAGGAAUGAACUCUUCUAGCGGAGAGUGGCCCUGGCAGGUAAGCCUGCAGGUGAAACUGGCAAGCCAAAGCCAUGCAUGUGGAGGAUCCAUCAUUGGAAAUCAGUGGAUUCUAACUGCUGCUCACUGCUUUGAUGGGCUUUUAUUUCCAGACGUUUGGCGCAUUUAUGGUGGAAUUUUACAUCUAUCAGAGAUUACAAAAGAAACAUCUUUCUCACGAAUAAAAGAGAUUAUUAUUCACCCAAGUUAUCAAAUCUCAGAGAUUGGUCAUGAUAUUGCUUUAAUUCAACUUCAGACUCCUUUAAAUUACACUGACUUCCAAAAAGCAGUAUGCCUGCCUUCCAAAGAAAAUACAAACACAAUUUACACCAACUGCUGGAUAACAGGAUGGGGCUACACAAAGGAAAAAGGUAAAAUCCACAACACUCUUCAAAAGGCAACUAUUCCUUUGCUGACAAAUGCAGAGUGCCAGAAAAGCUAUAGAGAUCAUAAAAUAACUGAACAAAUGAUUUGUGCUGGCUAUAAAGAAGGGGGAAAAGAUGCCUGUAAGGGAGAUUCAGGUGGUCCCUUAGUCUGUAAGUACAGCAGCAACUGGCAUUUGGUGGGCAUCACCAGCUGGGGUGAAGGCUGUGCCCGCAGAGACCACCCUGGUGUCUAUACGAAAGUAGCUGAGUAUGUGGACUGGAUUUUGGAGACGAUACAGGAGAAGGAUUGAAGAGACUGCACAAGGACAAGCUGCCACCCAUUUGACGAGCUGGGUUCAAUCCAAAUUCUGCAUCUUGGAAUCUUCAUCUGCAAAAGGUGAAGAGCACAUCUACCUCACAACUUUGUCACAGGCCAGCACUGACACGCACAUGGCUGUCAAGGGACCUGUGUUUUCAGCACCCUCUCCUUGGGAACUGAUAAUCAAGGAUAAUGGAAAUCUCCACUGCUGCUUGUGAAAUACAGUGGUAGUCAAGAAUAAUUAGAAAGUAUUUCUCCUCUGGUUGUGAAACAUACCUGGAAACAAUUGGAUCCAGAUUCUAGCCCUCAGCCUGGGUUCAUUCUAAUCUCAGUGCUUCCUCUAGUGCUCAGUGAAUCUCAAGAGAUGUGCCUUGCUUCCCUGCUCCUGGAAACCCACCAUUGGGGUGAGCGCUGUGGCACAGCAAGAUAAGCUGCCACUUGAAAUGCCCAUGUACGAUACCGAAGUGCCUCAUUGUAGUCCCAGGUCUUCUGUUUCUGAUCCAGCUUUCUGCUGAUGCACACAGGAAGCCCAAGUACCUAGUUCCCUGC